AUGACGCGACACAACCCGAACACUAAAAUGGCGGCCUCAGCGCUCAACACAGCGCCGGCUUCCACCGCCAACGACCACAAACACGAUGCAGCCGCGAAACACCUAAACUAUGUGGAUGGUGGACCUUGUAACAUAACUCUACGGACGGGAACACAAACGAUAAGCCUCGCCGCCCACUCCCCGCCGACGUACGGACAGCAAAACAACGUGCGACUAGCUGUCACGGGUUUGAUCGAAAUAAGCGCGAGGGGGGAUGUAAUAUUGCGUGGAACUGGUUCGCUAGCCGCCAUCAGAAAAACGCCACACGCCAGAAACGGAAACACCCGCAAGCCGGAAUUCGGGGCCGCCAUAUUGGAUCCGGGUAGACAAUCGGAAAUGACGCGGCAGCCAGCCGGCACUUGCCUAUUAACCGCACCAGAACGACCUCCGUCUAUA